AUGCCGGUGGCAAUAUGGUCUGAAUCGGGAGCUGCCGAUCCCCCCUUCACCCCCGCCGGCUAUUUUGGCCGUUCCUCCGAGCUGGCAUUCGUUGUGGAGCCUAGCGAUGACAUAGCUGUGCAGGAGCAGCCCUUGAUCCUCUACUGCCAGGUGGAGGGCAUCCAGCCCAUCACCAUCACGUGGCGGAAGAAUGGCGCGAUGAUCGUGGACAGUGAGAAUGCCUUUAUGUUAGCCAACGGGUCACUCUACGUCUCCCGCUUCCAGAGGGUGCGGGGAGAUGGGUCCUCGGAUGAAGGCGAGUACGACUGCAUGGCGCAAAACCACUACGGGCUGGUGGUGAGCCGGAAGGCAAAGAUUCAGGCAGCGACGAUGUCUGACUUCCACAUCCACCCUCAGAACGCAGUGGUGGAGGAAGGUGGUGUAGCAAGAUUCCAGUGCCAGAUCCAUGGUUUGCCUGAGCCAAUCAUCCUAUGGCAUAAGAACAGCAUGCCAGUCAACACAGACAAUGAAAGGUACACACUACUUCCCAAGGGGGUUCUCCAGAUAACAGGACUAAGGGCAGAAGACAGUGGGAUAUUUCACUGCGUUGCUACCAACAUUGCUAAUGUGAAGUUCAGCCGGGAGGCUCGACUCACCGUAUCAGGCUCCCACUCCACGGUUUACAAGGACCCCAUGAUUCUCGUCGGUCCGGAGAACCUCACACUGACAGUGCACCAGACUGCUGUGCUGGAGUGCAUUGCCACAGGCAAUCCCCGGCCCAUCGUCUCCUGGAGCCGCCUAGAUGGGCGCCCAAUUGGUGUGGAGGGGAUUCAGGUGCUGGGGACAGGAAACCUCAUGAUCUCAGACCUCACUGUGCAGCAUUCUGGCAUCUACGUGUGUGCUGCGAACAAACCUGGCACGCGCGUGCGCAGGACCGCGCAGGGCAGCCUCGUGGUACAAGCCCCUGCAGAGUUUGUACAGCAUCCCCAGUCCAUUUCCAGGCCAGUGGGAACUACUGCCAUCUUCACGUGUGUGGCCCAAGGGGAACCCCCUCCCCAGAUCACUUGGCUGAGGAAUGGGCAGAUCCUGGAGACCAGUGACCACAUCAAGCUGAAGAAUAACAACAGCACUCUGUCCAUCUAUGGGAUCAACCAGGCGGAUGAAGCCAUCUACCAGUGCCUGGCUGAGAACAGUGCUGGCUCCACGCAGGCCAGCGCUCGCCUGACUGUCCUGUGGGCUGAUGGGCUGCCCAGUCCUCCACAGAGUGUGAAGGCUGAGACUGUCUCUGCAACCACCAUCCAGGUGUCCUGGGAAAAGCCUCUGCAGAACACCAAGGAGAUCAUCGGCUACGUGCUGCACAUUCGGAAAGCCGCAG